UGUCUCGGUCCAAUUGGAUCGGAUGUUGCUGACCAGAAGUACUUUAUGUUUCCGUACACCGCAGACGCCUAAGUGAGAAUCAGUAUCAAGAGCUUCGUGACUUCGCCGCCUUUUUGGUUGGCGCGUACUUGUAGCACACGAUGUUUUCUCUACCAGCAGCUCCCAUACGCGGUCUCGUUGGGGCUGCUCUUUUUGCCUCUGUCCUGGUCUUAUUAUAUACUCGACUAUUUCGCAAGAAGCCGCCGUACCCAUUACCACCGGGACCACCGAGGAAGUUCUUAGUUGGAAACCUCGGCCAGCUAAGCGUUGAUCACCCUGAAGAAGACUAUAUUCGAUGGGGUAAGGAGUAUAAAUCCGAUGUGGUGUACACCAAUGUGCUGGGCCAACACAUGAUUAGCCUCAACAGUGUCAAGGCUGCGACGGAUCUGCUUGACCGCCGUGGAGCCAAUUAUUGCGACCGACCUAGAUUUACCCUUUUCGAAGUUAUGGGGUGGGGUCUUACCUUGACGUUUCUGAGAUGGGGACCGCGAUUCAAGCUGCAUCGUCGUCUGUUUCAAAACACCUUCACCCAGUCCAACGUCAAGAUUUUCAGGCCAAUACAGCUGCAUGAGUGCAGAAAAGCUGUGCGGUCAUUGAUAAGAGAUCCAGCAGACUGGGAAAAGAUUACCCUUCUCUUGACAACUAGCAUCAUCUUUCGCAUUGCUUUUGGCCAAGAAAUCACUGACAAGGAUUCUCCAUAUUGUGCAAUGUCAGAGGCUGCCAACGAAGCUACCACCAAUGGGGGCAUCGCAGGUGCAACGCUCGUCGAUAUCUUCCCACUGGCACGUUUCAUUCCUAGUUGGUUAAAUCCGUCGGCGCCACUACGACAUGCGAGGGCUAGCCGUACAGCUAUCCAGAGAAUACACAAUGAACCCUGGGAAGCCAACAUGAAAGAUAUUGAAGCCGGCAACGCAGCGCCUUCGUUUAUGCAGACCCAGUGGGAGAAAUACAAAGAGAACGAGAAAGCAGGAAGGGCCCAGGAAAUGACUAUUGCAGAUAUCAAGGGAGCUACUGGCGCUGCUUUCAUUGCCGGCGGUAACAGCACAUGGGGUACCAUCCUUGCCAAUAUGCUGUUCUUGACCAAGUACCCAGAGAUCCAAAAGAAGGUGCACGCAGAGCUCGAUGCACUACUAGCAGCUGAUGGGAACAGUCGUCUGCCAGACUUCGAAGACCGAGACCAGCUCAGGUGCCUUGACAACUUUAUGAUGGAGACGAUGCGUUGCCUGCCCCUCAACCCGCUGGUCAUUCCACACAAAAGUCUCAAGGAUGAUAUUUAUGAGGGCAUGUUCAUCCCAGCAGGCACAACAGUAUUCGCAAAUGCCACCGCAAUAACAACAAAUCCAGACACUUAUGCGGAACCGCUCAAAUUUGACCCAGAGCGAUACGAUAGGGGAGAGCCGUACCCGAGCGGCAACUUUGGCUUCGGCCGUCGCAAGUGCCCUGGUAACUGGCUUGCGCUUGCAAGCGUGUACAUGUUCCUUGCCACAUUCCUGGCGACUUUCGAGCUGGAGCAGGUAAUUGGAGAGGAUGGCAAACCGAUCGUCCCUAAGCCUGGCGUGUCGAUUGGUCUUGGAGGACAUCCUGCAUCAUUCAAGUGUAAAUUGAAAUUAAGAAAUCCGGAGAUGGCGAAACUGAUCGCGCAGGAGCCUUGAGAUCAGAGUCAAGAAAUAAGCACUUAAUAGAAUAACGUCAUCCUUUCCCGGAUGAUGCCGACAUGGCUCGUCGUACUGAGGGAUCUAUUCGACAUCUUUCGUCACAAAUGCAAGUGCGGGCGGUCGAUGCACAUAUUUAUGCAGGAAAGGAGCACAUCAUAGCUAAAUGGGCGCUUAGGGAUUGGUCCCGGAAUAGUCACACGCAUUUCCGAUGCAGCAUAUCGCAUCAACAGGGAAGUUAUUCUCC